AUGAAUAAUGCUAAUGUGCCUUUCAUGGGUUCCCACAAAUAUGAAUAUGAUAGUGAUGAAGACACCUCUGAUGGCACUUGGGAGCACAGAUUGCGCGCUAAGGAGAUGAACGCAACUGGGCGAAUGAGCUUACUAAACAAGCCGCUGGCAAACAUCAUAUUGGUGACUGACUUAUUGCCGCCUGAAGAAUUGAAAAAAAUUAUGGAAAAGUACUCAGCAAUUAAGAAUGGCAAAGAAACAGAUCUGAGCGAUUACAAAGAAUUCAAAUUGAAAGAGGACAAUCCUGUCGCUAACUUAGGUCUGGGAGCGUCGUCGUCGGACAUAGUGUCGUCAGAGGACGAUGAGUUCGACGCCUACAGGAAACGCAUGAUGCUGGCGUACGGAUUUAGACCAAACCCUUUGAACAACCCAAGGCCGCCUUAUUAUUGA